AUGUCUUCUGAUCUCUUUGUCCUCGAUGACUCUGCCUUCUUCCACCAUUCUUCCCACAGCCCGGAAAUGGUUUCCUCCGACGGCGCCGCCGACCUCUUCUUCUCCGACCAGCUCUGUUCCACCUUCGACGUCUUCCCGGAACUCAACGACCCGGCUCAUGAUCCCUUCACCACCGCCGAUUCUAACGGUACCGCUUUCGGUCCGACGGAGGCCGAGGCCGUGGCCGCGGCAGCCCUGCUCUGCUCUUCGUCGCCGCCGAGCCGCCAGCUGGAGGGCCUGACGAUCGGCUACAACGGGCACCACCUGGCGCCGGGGAACGGUUACGGCGGCGAUUUCUACUCCGGGCUGGAGUUGGAGGUGAAAACAGAGGAAUGCCAUGUGGGUUUGGAGGGUUUCGUCACGAUGCCUCGGAAUUACGGCGGCGCCGUCAAUGACGACGUCGAGAAAGUGAUGCAGAGGAGCUACAGCGGCAAUUCCUUCGACGACGAUGGCGGCGGCGGCGGUAGCAGAGGAGCUGGGGGUUUCUUCUUCCAGCCCCGAUUCGACACGGUGUUGGAAUCCCAGAGCUAUCAGCAGCCACUGAGCUCGCCGGAGAGCAACUUUUUCGCCGGACAAUUGAGGAGGGUUUGCAGCACCGGAGAUUUGCAAAAUAUGAGAAGAGGAAAGGCGACGCAGAGGUCGCUAUCGAGCCCUUUAGCGACGGAGAGCUCGUUUACGGAAGAAUCCCAAUUCAAAGUCGGGCGUUACAGUGCGGAGGAAAGGAAAGAGAGGAUCUCCAAGUACAGAGCUAAGCGAAGCCAGAGGAAUUUCACCAAGACCAUAAAGUAUGCAUGCCGCAAAACGCUAGCGGACAACCGGCCGAGAAUACGCGGCAGAUUCGCGCGUAACGACGAGAGCUACUGUGAGAUUCCAAAACCUGCUGCAUCUUCUUCCACCACCACCAGAGACGAGGACGAAGAUGAUCAGCACUGGUUUGAUGGGUUCCAUGGAGGAGAAGAAGAGGAAGAUGGAGGGAACAACAGAAGAGUAGGAGGAUGCUAUGGAGAACAAGCUCAGUUUCACUAUUAUGGAUAUUAGUUAGCUUUCUAAGAAGAAGAAGAAGAAGAAGAAACCUUCUUAUUUGCAGUAUUUUUACUCCUUCAUAGUCAUUAGCUAGGAUUAAUUAAGUUAAGCUAAUCAUAUAAAGUGAGAAAUUAAAUGGAGAGAAGCAAGCAAGUGCUGUUGGAUGGAUGGAAGAAAGGAAUUCAGAGAGGGUUACUUUUGUAAUAUUGAAUGAUAAUAUAUAUAUAAUAAUAAAUUAUGAGAAGAAGUGUUAUCAUUUUCUUCAGGAGAAAUAAAACAAAAUAUUGCACG